GGGCUCCUAGGAUAUUCUGUGGAUGGUAACCUCUAUGAUUUGUGAUGUUUUGUUUACCGCGUGUAAUAUAUUAUUUUAGUUGAUUGCUGUUGUUACAUCAAAUGGGAAAGAAAGGAUUUAAUUGGAGAGCCAGACAAGUGGUAGAGACAAUCGUGGAUGAUUCGUCUACAAAGCAGAUAAAACACAAUUUGAACGUCAACGGACAUUAUGACCAAAGCAAUGAGCUGGUGCUACCAUCCACUAAGCGAAAAACCAAGACGAAAGAUAACAAAGUUACGGUUACCCGAAUUUUGUCAAAAACACACCGGAAAAGGCUUGAGAAAAUCGUCGAUCGCAAAAAGAAACAGAAGAAUCGCGCCAGUUUGAUAGAGUCUUUGCAAACAGUCCAAGCCACUUCUGAGGAACUUUCGCAACUGACGUCAAUUGCAUCGGUUCAAACAAAGGGCUUGAAGAGGCAUUACCGAGAAGAAGCCCAUCCAGAAACUGUUAAAAAUAGAAAUGUAAUUAUCGAUGACAAGCCGGCUCCAAAGCUCAAUUCAAUUAGAGGGGCGUAUAGAAAAAAGCGAAGACGUCUAUCAGAUGAUCACGUUCAAGUAGUUGAGAAAAGGUCCAAGAUUAGAGACCCUAAUAUAGUUGGCUUUGAGUCUAGCGGCAGUGAUGUAUCGACCGAUAAUGAUGAUGAAGUGGAAGUUCCGCAAAAGAUUUCCCCUGGAAAAGUGGAAAAGCCCAAGUCAUGCAAUGUUCAAAAAGAAGCUCCUGUUCAGAAGUCUACUGCUGAAGUAGUUGAAGUUGGAGAUCCGAAGCGGAAAAAUCCACAAAAGCCCGUGGUUCGCAAGCCUGCGGUAUUUGUGGAUUUGGCUAGAAGCAAGGAAAUUCAAGCAGCCCGCUUGAAGUUGCCUAUUCUAGCUGAAGAGCAACAAAUCGUUGAGAUAAUCAAUGAAAAUCCAAUUGUCAUCAUUUCCGGUGAAACUGGAAGUGGCAAAACAACGCAAGUGCCACAAUUUCUAUAUGAAGCCGGCUAUGCUUUGGAAAGGCAAAUAUGUAUUACCGAGCCAAGAAGAGUCGCUGCUAUUUCUAUGUCCAAAAGAGUGGGCGAGGAAAUGAAUCUAACCAGCAAAGAAGUUUCAUAUUUGAUCCGGUUUGAGGGCAAUGUAACAGACGAAACCAAAAUCAAAUUCAUGACGGACGGAGUUUUGCUGAAAGAAAUUCAAAGCGAUUUUUUGCUCACAAAAUACUCUGUAAUUAUCCUAGACGAGGCCCAUGAAAGGUCAGUGGACACUGAUCUUCUAAUAGGAUUCCUAUCUCGUAUUGUACCGCUGAGACACAAAAAGGGAGACCCAUUGAAAUUGAUCAUAAUGUCAGCUACAUUGAGAGUGAACGACUUUACUGAAAACAAGCACCUUUUCAAAAAAACGCCGCCGGUAAUAAAUGUAGAUUCCCGGCAAUUUCCUGUCACUGUCCACUUUAAUAGGCGGACAAAUAACGACUAUCUAAAAGACGCAUAUCGGAAGACUGUGAGGAUUCACAAUACUUUGCCAGAAGGCGGCAUUUUGGUUUUCGUCACUGGACAGCAGGAAGUUAAUUAUUUGGUGAAUAAACUUAGACGGGCGUUUCCACAAAAUAAUAUAAACAAAAACCGCACCGGUGAAGGUGAAAAUAGUGGAGAUAAUGAAGAAAAUCCGAAUGAGUCUGACAGUGGAGAUGAUUUUGCUUUGAAGAAAAUGCGCAAAAGGUUGAAAAAAGCCAAGCAAACUAAUCUACCAGAAAUCAACUUGGAUGACUACAGCCUACAGAAUGACACCGAAACCUUCUCUGGGGAGGAAUAUGAUGGAUUAUCCGAAGACGAAGAACAGGCAGACGAUGAAAUUGUACAUCGCAAUGCACAACCGUUAUGGGCUUUACCUUUGUAUUCCAUGUUGCCUUCUCAAAGGCAACAAAAGGUCUUUCAACCGCCUCCCAGUGGUUGCCGGCUUUGUAUUAUUAGCACCAAUGUGGCCGAAACUUCUUUAACAAUUCCCAAUAUUAAAUAUGUCGUCGAUACCGGAAAAACAAAGAUGAAACUAUACGAUAAAAUCACCGGCGUGACGAAAUAUGUGGUAGGUUGGACGAGUAAGGCGUCGGCUAAUCAGAGGGCUGGCAGAGCAGGGCGUACAGGCCCUGGACAUUGUUAUAGACUCUAUUCAAGCGCAGUGUUUAACAACGAGCUGCCCCAGUUUAGUCCGGCAGAAAUUCAACAAAAACCAAUUGACGAUGUGUAUCUGCAACUGAAAUGCAUCGGUUUAAACAAUGUCAUCAAAUUUCCUUUUCCUUCAGCUCCCGAUUUAGAACAACUGAAAGCUGCAGCGCAUAGACUAGAAGUUUUAGGUGCACUGAAGAACGGCCAAUUAACGGGGCUUGGUCAAACCAUUGCAAAAUUUCCAGUUGCUGCUCGAUUUGGCAAAAUGCUCUCAUUGAGCCGCCAGCAGGAUCUUCUGCCUUACGCAAUUAUUUUAGUAGCUGCUUUAAGUGUCUCAGAAGUUCUCCUAGAGAGACCUUUGAUAUCCACAUCUGCAGAAGACCAAAGCAAAACACGACAAAAAUGGACAUCGCUUAGAAAGCAACUGGCAGGAGCGGGAAACUCUCUUCUUUUAGGCGACAAUGGCGUUUUGUUAAAAGCUAUUGGUUGUGCUGAAUAUACAGACAGUAUGACAGAACUUCGGAAAACGUGUGAUGCAUAUGGCUUAAGGCACAAGGCUGUACUUGAGAUUAGAAAACUGCGCGUUCAAUUGACUUCGGAAAUAAACAAGAACUUUGAAGAUUUGGAUAUCGUUCUUCAACCUAAAAUGGAACCACCAACGGAUCAUCAGAUGAAACUACUUCGGCAAGUACUUCUCAGUGCUAUGGGAGAUCAAAUUGCAAGGAAGGUCCCCAUAGACGAAGUCCCAAAAGGGGAAAAGCUAUCCAAGUUUAAAAACGCUUAUCAAGCAAAUAAUAUGGAAGAUCUAGUGUUUCUGCAGGAUAGUUCAGUUCUUCGAAACAUUUUCCCGGAGUUUGUGGUUUAUCAGGAAAUUUACGAAACUAAUAAAAUCUACAUGAGAGGAGUAACAGCAGUAGAUGCAGCAUGGUUGCCUGUUUAUGUACCUGCUCUAUGCAAUAUGUCUGAUCCGUUGGCAGACCCUCCUCCAUUUUACAACGAAGAGACUGGAACCGUAUAUUGUUGGUUUAAAGGCACUUUUGGCCCUCAAGCAUGGCCAUUACCACCUAUCAAAAUGCCAUAUCCUGACGGUAUCGACAACUUUAAAUGGUUUGCUGUGUUCUUCUUACAGGGCCUCCCGUUUAAAAAGUUGGCCAAAUACCAAAAUUGUUUGAAAAGUUUACCUGCGGUUAUGACCAAAAGUUGGGCAAAAUUGAAGCCUAUGACACAGAUUUUGCUAAACGGUCUGCUUAAAAAGCGCGCACACAGCAAGCAAUCGUUGCUCGAUGCUUGGGAAGAGCAACCAAAUUAUUUAUUACAAGAAUAUUUGGAGUGGUUACCACAAUCUGCACAUGGGGAAGUGAGCUUACUGUGGCCCCCUUUAGAUUAAUCGAUUAAAGUGCCCAGGUACUUCUAGAUCUUGUUGAUGUACAUAAUAAAUAUGUUAUUGUAAAUAAUUGAA